AUACUGAUUUAUUACUGCAGACCUAAACGAACACCCCAGCAGUCAAUUAUUGAAGCAAAAAAGAAAAUUCGGCUGGGCCACGAUAAGUAUUGCAACUGCUGUUGCUGUACAUCACAUCCCACAUAUUAUAAAUAUGUCCAGCCGAAAGUACCCAAAUCUUUUGCGCCUGUUCGCUAUUAUUGGAAAUCAAAUGUUUCCAUGGAUAAAGAUACGACGUAUCGUCUUUCCUAUUGGGAAAAUGCCGCUACUACGACUGAACCCAUUCGCCCUGAGGAUAAUCUGACAUGCGGCGACACACCGAUGUCUGAUGAAACAACGCACAAAGUAUAACGCACAUUUUGCA